CUCCUUCUUCCAUAACCACCAAUUCCCAUUCCUAAACCCAAGACAACGAAGUCGAACUAAAUAAUCUUAAAGAUUACACCCUCAACUUAUACUCUUCGUCAAGAAUCAUGCCGCAGGCUAUCGCUGAGCUGUGAACGCCCACUGCGGGCAUGCUCGAUCGGAGCGUGUCCGCAGUCCUUCAGCCACCGAGACAUUCAAUCACUAUUCGAUAUUUGACGAAGAUAACAGACUUUUACCUGUCUACAAGCCUCAGAGCGGCUUACGUCUGAACAAGAGUCUAUUUUACUACAAUUACCAAACUCGAGCCCUGCUCGCCCCGAGUCCGCAUAGUUCACCGUUUCCCCCCCCUCCGACUUCGACUCUCACACCCCGCACCACCUCGACUCCUCAACCACACCUACAGUCGAGUCUCUUCUCACUCCCUAAUACCACACUAUACACCUCAUAUCCGCAUUCUACAAUCACCUACUGCAAGAUUUCUUGCCUUUACCAGCUACAAUAUUAGACCAUUCAACUGUCCAAACAGAUUCACCGCUACUUUUGCAACCUGUAUAUUGCAUACAGCAAACCCUAAUCAAACCUUAUAUAUUCGCACAAAAAUUAGACAUAAUGUCUCGAAACGUUCGCCAAAGGCCGAACACUUCCCAUACGGGCCAGAAGACGCCCAAGCGUUCCCGGAAUAACCUCACAUCGGACGAAGACGACGACUACUCUGGCGUCGAUCUCAUCAGCGACACAGAAGAAGAUGAGCCAGAUGUGGAGGUGGCUGAGGAACAAGCAAUCAUCGAAUCCGAGGAGGAGGAUGAUAUUGUUAACCCUCAGCCAGCUGACGACGAGGACGAGUUCUGGGGCCCAUAUGAUUCCUUGAAGGGUGGGCCGGAUCUCUUUCCGGAGGAGGUAACGGACCAAGCUUCUCCUGCAGAUAUCUUGAGUGGAGCGGCGGAGUGGAUGGGGUCAGGUGAUGAGAGUGAGCCCGAGGUCACCCGUCGUGUCCGUUUCGAUCUGUCAGACAGUGAAACUGUGGAGUCUGAUAUUGAUGACAAUAUCUUCCCCGACAUCUUCCUGGAUCAGGGUAGUCUUGACCCAGGUUUCCGCCGCACCAUCGAAAAUGACAAGAACAAGGACAAUGACGACUCGGGAAGUGAUGAUGGGUCCUACUGGGACUUCAGAGGGGAAGACGACGAGAUGGGUGAAGAGGAAGUCGAUGACGACGAUAAUAAGAGCGAAAGCUCUUGUGGCUCUAGUGGAUAUGAAACCGAUGAAGGUGAAACUACUGAAGAGGAUUUGCCGCCACAGGCUCAAUUCUUACCUGCUCGCACCGUCCUGAGGGGUUUGUCCUCUGAUGCGUCAGAUUCAGAUGAUUCAGAUGAUGACAUCCAAGUCAUUCAACGCAAGCAGUAUCGCCCUCAGCGGACUGGCCCAAAGCUUGGAUCAUGGAUCACUGAUGCUAACAAGCCUUUUGCUGUCUUGGACAGCCGCGGAAAGAGAUUGAUGAUGUUCAGAGCACGGAUCAACCGCAGACACAGCACCGAUUCAGUCACUGGCCCUGGCCGCAUGAUGACCAUAGACGAGGAUGACCGUGACGCCUCUGGCAUGGAGCAGAUGUCACCCAUGAUCAGCAAUUCAGCCAACCUGAUGAUGAGCGCCUUGUACACUCCUAUGGACAACCUGGGUGGCCAAGCUCUUGGACCUCCGGAGGCUUUUUACCCAUUCGUCAGUAUUUCCGCCAAUGGAAACAUGACCCAAGACUGCCCGUCAUCGUCAUUCGAUGAAGAUGAUGUGGAUGACGAGGAUAUAUGGAAUAUCGGCGACCUGAUCGACUUUGGCGACUCCAGCUCCGACGACGACGCCAAUGAACAUGACGAUGAGGAUGACAGCUGCGAUUCAAACACGGUCGGCAUGCCUUCCUCCACGCCCGUGCGCCCAAGCACCGCCAACAGCGAGGACCAAGCCCAUCCCCUUAUCACCCAUCUUACAGGCCGCGUUGGAGCCUUCCGAUCAAACCAGAACCGCCACUCCCUCCUGAGCCGCAACUCCGCGUCCCGUGAGAGUCUAGCCUUCUCGGGCCGCUAUGGCCAGGGCGCUAUCCGCGGCAUCAAAGGUGGCAGGCUUGCAGCCGCGAACACACCGAUUACGCCGCUGCGCAAGUCCAAGAUCUCCAAGGCGGAGCUGAUUGUCAGCCCGUCACCCGCUGAGGGCGCAGACAAGAAGCGGAAGUUUUCUGGCGAGUCUCAUGGACACAAACGCGUUCGCAGCUUGUUCUAAUCUUGUCAUCCACUGUCGAAUUUGACCCGAGAUCUCCAAACUUGUGCUUCUUCACCCUCAAUGGCUGUGUUUGAGUAUCAUCUCUUGCGUCAAUCGACCAAACUACCUGUUCGACGCGCACGACGGAUUAUCUGUCACAGAUUAUCUGCGUGCACCUUUCAGCCCUAUAAUAAAUACGCCUGACGGACGGCGUGGCUCUCUCGUGGGCUACCCCUGGCCUCAGCAACUGUUUUGCAUUUAUCUCAUAAGUUGUGCCUCCUUCACUUCGCAUACAUGACCGACACGCACCGAGCGCACAUCGAUCGACCCAGCGCAGACAAAAGCAACGUUUCUCAAAAUAGACAUCGCCUUCUGCCUCCGCGAGCGCGCAUCUAAAAGCGACAAUUAACGAGAUCAAGCAUGCAACUGUAUCUUACCCGAUAUCUUGUUUCCUUCUUUUUGCCUUUCGUUCUUUACACUACCAACGCAGCGGAUCUGAGCCUUCCAACUUGUUUGCUUUGCCGUCCAUCGGGAUCUACUUUGGCGAAUUUUCUUCUCAUCUCCUGUUUACGUUCCAGCGCCUUUCUUGAGUUGGAUCGGAGAGGGGAUAAAAAUGUUUGUUUGUUUUUGACGAAUUCAAAAGAUGAUGGAGACGAAAACGACUUAAAUCUGCGGUGUGUUUUUCUUUAUUCUUUCUGUGUCCAUAGUACGCAAAUUACGUGGAAAAACUCCUUGUUUUUUUGAGAGAUCUGAUGCUUUUUUAUGACGAUUCUCUUACUUUAGAGUCUCAACAAGGAGAAAUGGGGGGACUUCGGAGU